AUGCCUCACCGGCCUCACCGACCUUCACCGACGAGCGAGCGACUCGCAAAGUCAAUCAACACGUCCGCGCUCGGUGGAGUUUGUAAAGAUUUGUAAUGCGCAAUAGUGCGCAAUCCACGCGGGGAGGCUCGCCCCUGAUCGGGUUCGAUCGCCACUAUACUCGCUUUCUCGCAUCAUCUUUGUACGGGUAGCGGCGCCUUCUUGCCCACUCGACGUCGACGCACUACACUGGACCCGCUCUCGAACCUCGCGUUUACGACCUCGGGCGCACUCAUAGAUCUCGUCGAUAGUCAGUUACUGCAGCAUCCGCGCUCUUGCACAACACACGAUCAUGUCCACCACUGACACCUCCUUUGCCCCCAACACCCCUCAGAGAAGAUCUUGGUGCACCUGAGGGAUGGGCGUCGCUUGAUUGGGGUGUUGAGGUCCUAUGACCAAUACGGUCAGUCCUCUCGUCCUCCACAAGCCUCAAGCCUCAAGCAGCCAGCAGCAAGCAGCCAGCAGCCAGCAGCCAGCAGUUUGGCUAGUCCUCCGGUCCUCCGGUCCUCCGCUCACUCCUUCCUGUCGCUCCCACCACAGCCAACUUGGUUCUGACCCAAACGAUUGAAAGGAUAUUCCACCCACCGAGCAAGACGUUCGCGCAGACCGACCGAGGCGUAUUCCUCAUCCGAGGCGAGAACGUCGUCCUCCUGGGCGAGGUGGUCAGUCUCACCGAUCCGAAGCUGCUCUUUUCGACUCAACCUCUGAACCCGCUCUAUGCCACGUAUAGGACCUCGAUACGGAAGACGCGGCGAUCGAAAAAUUGCAACAACAACCUUGGCCACAACUCGCGGCCGUGCUCGAGCAGGAGAAGCAACGAAAGGAACAGCAUGCAAGGAUAACCGAACGCGUGUUGCAUCAGAACAAGGGGUUCGGGCAGGAAGGUGGGGAAGGGGAUGCUUAUUGA